AUGGAAAAGACGGCCGAGAUGCAGAGAAUCCGCGUUGCUCCACAGAAGCAGGGAGGACAACAGCAGAUAGCACAACAGCCAUACAAUCAACAACCUUAUGGGCAACAACUUUACGGACAUCAGCUAUACGGACAACAGCGGGGCUACCAACCUUACUUGGGUCAGCCAGCAUGGCAAAAGCCUCAGCAAUCUCGUCCGAAAGGCAAAGGAUAUAUCUAUGACAAAACGAAUAACUUGCCAAUCCAGCAAAGCCAUGGGAAGCACCAAAAGCAGAUCCGGAUUUAUAUCCUCCGCUUGCAGAUGCCCCUGGUAGCCCUCCACCGCCACCAAUUCGUGCCACCACCACCACCACCACCAGCCCCUGGAAAAGCGCCUCUAGGAUUCUGUGAUCCUUGGGCUGACAACAAGAAUGACAAUAAUCCGUAUUUUUCCCCUCCAAAAUGA